UGGCCUAUCUUGUAGUGUUCCACAUUCUCUUUGUGCUCUUUGUGUGGACGUACUGGAAGUCAGUUUUCACUCUCCCUGUGCAGCCAGGCAAAAAGUACCACAUGUCCUGUGCUGACCAGGAGCGCUACGAGAGCGAGGAGAGGCCGGAGGUGCAGAGGCAGAUUCUGGCCGAGAUCGCCAGGAAGCUGCCGGUGUACACCAGGACAGGGAGUGGAG